GGACCUACUCGGCCUCUGAUUGGCUAGUACGCGAACAGGAAGGUAGAAGCAAACAAACUUUCCUCUGGUUGAUUUCGAAAGAUAACAAUAAUUACUGUUUUAGUCAGUAUUCUUGGUGAAUUGCUGGUUGUCUUCACAGGCCCUCACUAGAGAUGACGCUGCAAUGGACUGCUGUGGCCCUCUUUCUCUACGUGGAGAUGGGCAUUCUUGCCCUCCUCUGUUUACCCUUCAUCUCAGCCAGGAGGUGGCAGAGUAUUUUCCAGCUGAGGAUCUGGAGCUGUGUUGCGAGGUUCUGGAACAGAGUGUUUUACACAAUGAUCAUAGUACUCAUUGUUCUCUUCAUUGAUGCAGUGCGAGAGGUGAGGAAAUAUUCAGCUAAAGAACUUGGCACAGAUGCCAGGCUGCAACCGAACAUGUUUGAUCACCUGCACAUGAAGCUUUUCAGAGCCCAGAGGAACCUCUACAUCUCUGGCUUCGCUGUCUUCCUCUGGCUGGUUAUGAAGCGAUUGGUCACGUUGAUUAACCAACUGGCAUCAAUGUCAGGCACUACGGCUGCUCUUCAGGCGCAGGCUGAGAAUGCUAAUCAGGUCGCCCAGAAAUACAAAGAGGACAAAGAGCUGCUGGAACAGACUCUGAUGAAAGGCAAGGGUGAUAAGGCUAUCGCAGAGGGCAUGCAGCUGUUAAGAAAAGAAGUGGAGAAACUUGAAGAAGAACUGAAGACCUCAAGAGAUGCCCUGAAGAACUCCAACAUAGAGGCAGAUGCGAUGAAGAUGCAGAUGGAUGGCCUCGCCAGGGAGUACGAAAGACUGCUGAAAGAACAUCAGGAGCUCCAGAAUCUUCACGACAGUGGAAACAAAAAGGACGACUAGUUAUUGUAAAAUCCUUCUUAAGUGUUUACAGCAAAUUAGCUCAAUCCCAAGAGAGCCACUGCCAAACAUGCUUUACCUUCAUAUAACACCUUGUGUCAUAGUGCAAAUCAUAAAAACCAGGAUUGGCUCCUCUGAGAUACAGACGUUUGCUAUCAUCAGUAAUGGUUUUAAAGCAUAGAGUUGAAUUUUAAUCAUGGCAUCAGACUAGCUUAAAUGGAACGAGUAAUUCUGGAUGGUUUCCUGUUUCAGCCUGGCGCAGUGUGACUUAGAGGAAUGCUUUUUCAAGUGCACACUCUACCAGACAGAUUAGUUGUGCGAAGGAAUUGGAGAGAGUUCAGUCAGUAAUCGACCCAGGUCUGAUCACAGAGCACUUAAAAUGUUAAAGAAAUAUGCAACAAGGGUGGAUGCUGUUUUAUGGAUUGUGUCAUUGGUGUUAGCCAGGUGCACACUUUAGAGUGCAAGAUUUGUUGAAAGCUAGUUCAGUGACAGCUAUGAAUGUAUUUUUGAUACUGAGUGUUUGCUUCUUUAUUUCUGUUUGUAUAAGGAACACCUGCGGCACCCACAUUGGUCUGAAAAACAGUUAUGUAAAUUCAGUCUGUACUUUGCAUGGCAGUGCAAAUAUAGUUUGCAUGUACAGUUGCACAUCACACAUUUUUGUUGUAUUCCAGCUGAUAGAUUUGUUUUUAACCUAGUAUUGGUGGUGUCAUUAUGGUUGAAGUUUAGUUUCAUUUCCAUUAUCCACACAAAGCCUUGCCAUUGUGAAAGAGGACCUCAGAUUGUAAUCACAAGAGGCUUCAAUGUUCCCCAUUUUUUUAUGAUAAAUAAAUAGGUUAUUGAAGAGGCAAAAAUGCCUCUUCAAAAUGUGUUUUGACAUUUCUGUCAAAGACAGAUGAAAGUGCCUUGUAGGUGGAUGUAUGUAAUACACUAUGUUUAAUAAAUACAAUUCUUCAUGCCGUG